AGCGGGUAGACGAGGAAGACAGAAAUUUUGGGUCAAAAGCCUGAAACACAAAAAAACACACCAUUCUAUCUUUUGUUUGUGUCGCAGAAUUCGUACCUCUACAGAAUCCCGAUUGCAUCCCCGCGAGGAGACCCCAUUUGUUUCUGUUUCUCGUUGUAUUCCUUAAUCUUGUUCAUCGUUUUCUAGUUUGAUUGUUGCAGGUGAUGGCCAAGUCCUCUUCUUCCCAUCGCAAGAAACGCGACAAGAUUUCAUCCAAGGCUCGAACAAAGAAGAAGAGCAAGACUAGGAGUAAGACCAAGAGUGAGAAAUAUAGAUCCAAGAAGGUUCGCCGUCGUGAUGAUUCUAUUUCUUAUUCAGAUGAGGAUGAUACCCGAAGCUUGAGUUCGGAUUCGUCGUUUAGCUCUGAGGAUAGACAGAAGGGUAGGAGGGGGCGAUCAAGCACUCGGAGGGAUGUGAAGGGUAGUAAGAAGAGGGGUCGAAAGAGGUCUUAUAGCAGUGAUAGCCGUGAGGGGUCUGUUCGUCCGCGUGUGAAGAGGAGGAAGGGGACGAAGAAGGGGAAGGAGUAUAAGGCGAAGAAGAGGAGCCGUUCGAGGGAGAAGCCUAGGAGAAAUGUUAAGACUAGUUCUGUGAGUAGUGGGUCUUGGAGCUGCUCGACUUGUCAGGGUGGGGGUAUUAGUGGUGAUGAGAUUGAAUCUAAUAAGACGCACAGGGGCAGGUCUGAGAAACGAGUGAGAGAGGAAACCGAUAGAAACAAGGUUGAGAGUGGGACUGAGAGGAGUAGAUAUAUGUCUAGGAGUUGUUCUUUGCGUAGUCGUGAUAGCGAGAGUGAUCCUCAGAGUCUAGAAAGAGUGAGUGGUGAGCGCAAUGGGAGGAGAUUGAGAUCAGUUAUUGCUGUAACCGAAGAAGACUAUGAGGGGAGAUGGUUAGAUGGGGAUGGGCACAAAGAAGAGAUUACAUAUGAUCCUGAUGAUUACCCUUCCUGUAGAAGUAAUGACAGUAAUGAUGGAGGGAGCAAGAGGGAGUUGGAUAAUCAUUUACAUGUUCCAUCUGAGGUGAGAAUGAGGGUCGAGAGUGCAAAAGAGGAAAGUUCUCAUGUUUCCAAUGCUCAGAUCGUGCGUCUCCCAAGUAGUGGCAACCUUUUUGAGAGGAGAGAUGGUGAAGGGCAAAUGGAACGGAUUGAUUCUAGCUGUGAUGGAACCAGGAUUGCUGAUCAUGUUGAUGAAAAUAAGAUCACUGGGGAAAUUAGCAUUUUGAAAGAUAAUGAUCUGGAGACGGUCUUAAGACAGAAGGCUUUAGAAAAUUUAAAGAGAUUCAGAGGAAAGCCUCAAAGGAUUGCAGUAACUGGUAAUAAGGAAGAUGAGCAAAGGAUUGCAGUAACUGGUAAUAAGGAAUAUGAGAAGCAACCUUCUGGUGUAAAGGCUGAAUUGGUUCAAAUGGAUUCCUUUAAGGUGGGUGGGGCUGGGGUGGUGGUUGUUAAGCCCUUCAAGGAGGAUACUUCUAUAAAUGAGCACUCAUUAGUAGAAGAGACCAAUGGGUCUCCGGUCAGUGAUUCCAUUUGUUCAUCUGAAAUAUCUGAAAAGGAAGCGGUUAAGAAGAAUGGUAGAAAUGAAACCGUCUCUGCCAAGCAAGAUGUUGCCCAUCCAACACAUCAAGACGCUAUUGCUGGUAGUUCCAGAUCAACUGCUGUUGUAGAUAAAUCAAACUUGGCUGCACCAAAAUCAAUGUCUCGUUCACUAAAACCAAACUCAAUUCUGAAGCGGGCACUUUCUUCACUGGAACCCCCUCGUGAUAGGUUGUCGGUAACUGUGAGUGGUGUAGAUAACUCUGCUUCCGGAGCUGCCCAAACUGUGAACCAAAGUAGCGAUAACGUUGGUCUAGACAUCAACAGUGGUUCUGGUUCUACUGGUCCUGAACCUUCUGGAGAGAAUAGGUCUGAUAUACAGCAAGAUGAGGCUAAGGAUGGUUCACAGUUUGAGCAGAAGACCAUGUCUGUGAUGCGAGGUAGUGAAGUGGUACAGGUGAGCUACAAGGUUUACAUCCCGAAGAAAACUCCUGCUUUGGCGAGGAGGCAACUCAAGCGAUGAAAUUGGGAGAAUGCUUCAAACAACAUUUGCUUCAAUUAACAGAGGACGCAAUUGGUUUUUUGGAGUCUGAUGUUUGAUUGACUUCAUAAAUAAAAGAAUUGUGGUCAAGUAGUCAUUGGUAUGACCAAGAAAGGGAAGUAAUUGGUAAAUCAUGUCACAAUUUUUCAACUGUUCAUAUCUGUAUUACUUGUUCUGAUAUUUUUUCUUCUGUUACGCAGCUUAUGUAACUUGCUCAGGUUAUGACAUGAAUAAGAACAAUGAAAGAACGUGUUCAA